CCUAGCGCUCACGAGCAAGUGUAUUUUUAAACUGAUUUCCUGAACCAAGGCAACACAUGUUCCAGCCGUUCUGUCAAUAGGACGCAGGCAGAAAAGAGCAACAAAAAUGAGAAGGUCGUCUCGUUUGCUUGAGUCUACAGCUUUACUUGUGAUCAGCAUUCUGUGCUUGGUCAUCAUUUUUAUUAAAGAGGACAUUCGUCCUAAAAAACCCUCAAACCAUUUCCAGAUAAACAGGAGGGAAUCAACCUAUCAAAACAGACCUCAGAAACCAACCAGUGAGAGCGCAGGUGUUUCUACCUGGGGCCCUUGUGAACGGAAUGAGUCUGCGGCCAAUGUGUCAGGGUUUUCCUCUCUGCCAGUUCACAUCCAAGACUUCCUCUUCUAUCGUCACUGCCGCCACUUCCCAAUGCUGCUGGAUGUACCUGAUAAAUGUGGAGACCCUCACAAGUCUGCUGACGUCUUCCUUCUGCUGGUCAUAAAAAGCUCACCUGCGAAUUAUGACCGCCGUGAGGUACUACGGAAAACCUGGGCCAAGGAGAGACUGCAGAAUGGAGUCUGGAUCCACAGGAUUUUUCUCUCGGGAACCACAGGCACAGGCUUUGAGAAGCGCAAGCUAAACAAGCUUCUACGACUGGAGAACCGUGAGCAUAAUGACAUCUUGCAGUGGGACUUCAACGACUCCUUCUUCAACCUCACCCUGAAGCAGAUUUUGUUCUUAGAAUGGAUGGACAAGAACUGCCGCCAAGCCCGAUUUCUCCUCAACGGUGACGAUGAUAUCUUCGCCAACACAGAUAACAUAGUGGACUACCUUCAGAGUCUAAAAGACAAUGAUGGUGACAAGCACCUUUUUGCAGGUCAUCUAAUCCGCUAUGUAGGACCCAUUAGAGAGUCAGGGAGCAAAUACUAUGUCCCAGUCCAGGUUCAAGAGUCAGACUCAUAUCCCCCUUACUGUGGGGGUGGGGGCUUCCUGCUCUCUGGAAACACAGCUAUGGUCAUUUACAAAAUGACCCAUACCAUUCCCAUUUUGCCAAUUGAUGAUGUCUACAUGGGAAUGUGUUUGGAAAAGGCUGGUCUUGGGCCAGAGUCCCAUUUCGGAGUCAGGACUGCUGGACUUCAUGUCCCCUCCCAAAACGUGGACACUUUCGAUCCUUGUUAUUACAGGGAAAUCAUUUUAGUACACAGAUUUCUGCCACAUCAGAUAUAUAUUAUGUGGCACGGAAUACAUGAACCUAACUUGAAAUGUAGUAAUUCGCAAGGUUCUCUUUAGCCAUCUGUCCUGUUGAAAUCAGUUUCCUGCUGAGGUUUGUUUUUCCAGUCUUUUUUUUUCAAACAUGUGUUAUGUCUGAAAGUUGUUUUUGUUGUUGUUGUAAAUACAGACUAAUUUUAAGAUGUAAGUUAUGGGAUUGAUUGCUUCUUCUGUGUAUGUACAUUGAAAUUAUCAAAGUUUAUAUAAUGUUUUGUUUUAAGUCAUUAUCACUUCUUUCUAUUUAAUAAAUGAAAACAUGCAUAUAAAAAAAAAAAUAUGAUAUUGAUUCUAUAUCAAACGCUAAUAAAAUAAUAUGCAUCUUUGAUUUUUGCCAUGUGUAUGGCUUUAGGUCAUUCUGGCGAUUGUUAAGUAAUUGAUGAGGUAAAUAUUAUUGAGUAUAUAAAUAUAUAAACCCACCGGACCACAAAUAAGCCAUAUUUCACAAUAAUUUCCACUGCAGAUUACCAUAAACAAUGGAUUUCAUGAAUUAAUAUUUUAUUUAACCAGGCAAGUCAGUUAAGAACAAAUUCUUAUUUACAAUGACAGCCUACCCCAGCCAAACCCGGAUGAUGCUGGGCAAAUUAUGCGCUGCCCUAUAGGACUCACAAUCAAGGCUGGAUGUGAUACCGCUGCGCCACUCGGGAGUCUACACAGAAUCUGUCAUCCUUUUCUCUGCAGUACUUCAGCUGUAGCCACACAUUUUAACGUUUAUAGUAUGAAAGUAAUACUAUUAUUACAUAAACCAAGUAGAGACAUGGGGUGGCAGGUAACCUAGUGGUUAGAGCAUUGGGCCAGUAAACGAAAGGUUGCUGGAUUGAAUCCCUGA